GUAAAGUAGAAGCACUUCAGUCAGAAUCGAGCCGUUGUAAGAAUUCCAUCGCAGCUUCUUCGCGAUUGAUUUGAACAGUUAAUCGGAGAAUCAGAUCGUUGCACGUGCAAGUAAACCAUGGAGGCAUGCUUGGCUGCUAAUUGCGCAGCUGCUACGAAUUCGCCGGCGAACGUGUUCGCAUAUCUGAUACAAACGCUUCUAGCAGCACAAUGCGGUUUAGGUAACAAAGAUGUGUAUCCACCAGACCGUUCGGAAGAGAUUGUUUUGGAUCCUGACAGAGAGUUCGAUUUCGUGAUCGUGGGUAGCGGAAGUGCUGGAUCUGUAAUGGCCAAUCGUUUGAGUGAGAUAGAAAAUUGGAAAAUACUGCUGAUCGAGGCUGGUGAGAAUCCUUCGUUUCUCAGCGAAGUGCCUGCCGGAUUUCCAACGCAAGUGCUCUCAUCGGAAGCUUACGAUCGGUUCGUCGAGCCUGAGAAACUUGCUUGUCACGGUGCAAAGAACAAGCUAUGCAGGUGGCCAAGUGGCAAAGCUGUCGGCGGCAGCUCCACGCUAAAUGCCAUGCUCUAUAUUUACGGCAACGAGGAAGAUUACAACGAAUGGUCUCGUAUGGGCAACGAAGGCUGGAGCUGGGAGGAGGUCUUACCAUAUCUCAAGAGAUCUCACAAUUGCGGUCACGGAUACAUCGAAAAAUCGAGAGGCUACUGCGGCCACAAUGGUCCACUGAACGUUAGAUCUUAUAACUACACGUAUCAACACGUGUUCGAUGCAUUCCGAAACGCUGCCCGCGAGUUGAACGUGCCCGUUCUGGAUGUCAUUAACACUGACGACUUUGUCGGAUACGGCACAGCGUUCGGGACUGUAGACGAAGGUCGCAGAAUGAGUGUCUCAAAAGCUUACUUGUCGCCGAUCAAAGACCGGAAGAACCUCUAUGUGACGAAGUCUACUCGCGCUGAUGCCGUCCUCUUGGAUGGCAAUCGGGCGGUUGGAGUGCGUGCAACUCUGAAGGAUGGAAGAACGAUCGACGUGAAAGCGUCGAAGGAGGUGAUUCUGUCAGCUGGCAGCAUUAGCACUUCCCAAAUCCUGCUGCUAUCCGGGAUCGGACCUGAGCAACAUUUACGCGAGAUUGGGAUACCUAGCGUCGUCGAUUUGCCCGUUGGCAAGAAUCUUCAGGAUCAUAUCACUUGGUACGGCUUACACUUGGCCUUCAAGAAUGAGAGUGCGGUACCACCAUCGCCCACGUUUUUGUUGGAUGAGGCUUAUAAGUAUCUGAUAUAUAAUCAAGGUUCCUUGGCAACCAGCCUCGGUCACGAUUUCAUGGGAUUCGUCAACGUGAAUGAUCCGACCUCGAAGUAUCCUAAUAUUCAGUUUCAUCAUGCUCACGUACAACAAGGGAACAUGCCUGUUGCGCGAAUCCUUAUGGAGAGCCUCAACAUGGACGAUGAAAUAAUAAACGAGAUAAUACAAAUCUUGAACGAGGCGGACAUGCUCAUGGCGUUCCCCGUCCUGCUGAAACCGAAGAGCUUAGGUGAAGUACAGCUACGUAGCAAGGAUCCGGCGGAUUCUGCUAAGAUCUACGCGAACUAUUUUUCCGAGCAAGAAGAUUUCGAUACGAUGUUGAAAUCUUUGGACUUUCUAAAGAAGAUGCUAAAUACGAAACCAAUGAAACAACGUGGAAUUUGGUUACGACAUUUGGACUUGGCUGGUUGUCGUCAUACGCAACCUGAUACCGAUGAAUAUUGGAAAUGCAAUAUGCGGCAUUUGACAUUUACGAUUUUCCAUCCUACUGGAACGGCCAAGAUGGGUCCUCAGGGCGACCCUACGGCUGUCGUGGAUCCUCGAUUGAAGGUUCACGGAGUGGAACGAUUGAGGGUCAUCGACGCGUCCAUCAUGCCGAGGGUGACCAGCGGAAAUACGAAUGCGCCUGUAAUAAUGAUCGCCGAAAAAGGCGCGGAUAUCAUUAAGGAAGAUUGGAAGGUUACAGUAUACAAGGAUGAAUUAUAGCAAGAAAAAACUGAUUUAAGAUACAAUAGUUUUUUUCAAUUUUUAAUUUUUCAAGCAAUUACAGCUAAACUUAAUAAUCUUACACUUAAUAAUCUCUUAUCAAGUUGAUGGAAUAAGUUUUUAUACUUCUAGUUCUUAUCACUUAUCUAAUAAACUAUUAACACUCUUGAUAAGAGAAAUACGAACUUCUAAAUAAUCUUAACAGAAUUAAGUUCCAAAAUAAAAUAAGCUGGAGCGAAGAUAAUGAAUCGGUCAUUUUAUAUAUAAUUUUUAUGUUAUAAAUGCAAAGUCACGCACACGAAUAGUUCACAAUGUUUUUAUUUAGAAAAUUAACAUGUAACGUGCAAUCGAAAAUUUCAAUAAAUUAGCAAUUAUAAUUAUAUGUGAAUUAUACAUCAAUAUGUAAAAAGAUAUAAGUGAUAAAAUGAAAGAUAGCCUUGUUUGGACAUCUAUAUUGUUGUUUCGCACGCUUAGUGUACUGUACGUAGUUUACUGUGCGUUUUGUAAAACUUCGACGAACCAACCAAUUUUAAACCCCUGAAUAAAAACGAGUGAAAGC